AUGGCCCUCUGCUGCUGCCCACCUUGCUGUGAGCCAUGCUGCUGCAAGACCACCUGCUGCAAGACCACCUGCUGCCAGCCCUGCUGCUGUGAAUCCAGCUGCCCCAAGUCCAUUUGCUGUCAGCCUUGCAGUCCCCCAAGUUGCUGCAGCAUACUCUGCUGCCAGCCCUGCUGCUUAAAGUCCUGCUGCUGUGUGCCCACCUGCUGCCAGCCCUGCUGUUGUGUGCCCACCUGCUGCUGUGUGCCCACCUGCUGUGAAAGCACCUGCUGUGAAAAAACCUGCAGUAAGACCACCUGUUGCAAGCCAACCUGUGUGAACAUCUGCUGCAGCACACCCUGCUGCCAGCCCUGCUGCUGUGUGCCCUCCUGCUGCCAGCCCUGCUGCUGUGUGCCCUCCUGCUGCCAGCCAUGCUUGCUCCAGCUCUGCUGCCAACCAACAUGCUGUGAAACCAGCAGCUGCAAGACCACCUCUCUUAAACCAACCUGUUUGAUCAUCAGCUGCAGCACACCCUGCUGCCAGCCCUGCUGCUGCUGA